AGGAGCAAGUGCCGCAUGGACACGCAAAAACUGGUGGACAAGACCUGUAACAACUGCGGCACCAUGGGCCACAUCGCCAAGGACUGCCCCGCCCCUGCGCAAUGCCAUUGCUGCGGAGCAACGGUGCAUGAAAUUGCAGCCUGUCCUCAUCGGGAAAAGACCUGUGAGAACUGUGGCAAGGUGGGACAUUUGAAGAAGAAGUGCAGACAGGAUAAAGAGAAUGAACCACCGCGAGGCAAGGGAAGCACCAAGGGCAAGGGCAAGGGCUUAGCGAAGACGUGCAAGAACUGUGGUGUGCAGGGCCACCUGCUGCGUGAUUGCCAUGAACCUUCUCAAUGUCAUUGCUGUGGAUCGACGGUUCAUGCAGUGGCAGAGUGCCCCAAUCGAGAGAAAAGUUGUGAGCUUUGUGGUAAAACCGGGCACCUGAAAAAGAAGUGCUACCAGAAGUGACGUGACUUUAUGGCCUGAGGGUUUGGCGCCUCACUACGCGAAGGUGGCUGAAGGUUGGCUGGAGUUUUGUGCUCUUUUGGCCGAUCUUUCAGUCUCCUACAGCAAGAUAUGCCUAACACAGGACUUGCUGAUGUUUUUCAUUAGAUCGUUCCCUAAGGCCCCUGUGAAGAUUGGAACAGAUCUUCGCUGGGCCCGACCGAAUAUGUUCCAGUUUGAAUCCGGGCCGCGCGCGUCGCAAUUGGCCCCAGGUCGCAGUUGUGGAACUGAACUUACUCCCGGUAUCUAUCCUUGC